AUGGGCUGUACUCCUUCGCAUAGUGACAUUGCUAACCACCAUGCGAAACAUGGGACAAAGUCAUUGAAUCAGGGUAUCCUUCCAGUAGAUCCAGGGGGUGAAGGUUUCUCACUUCCACUGCUGAUCAAAAGCUCCUCUUCUUACGAUACUGAAGAGUUCUGUCCGGGAGAGACUCAAGUUAAAGAUCACUUCUUUGAAAAUUCAUCAGACGAGGACAAAAAUUUUAAUUUCCGUUCCUCAUCUGAGGAUCCUUUGCUCCCUGAGCUUGACCUGGAAGAGAAGGAAAUUGAAAGGACAGUCUCAGAGACUGAAAUAGCCAUAUCUGAACUGACAGAGCCUGACAAAUAUGUGGCUGGGGAUAUUAAGGUCAAAAAGCAGAAGUCUUCCGCAUCUGAAAAAAAUGGUUUCAAUUUAGAAGAUAAAAAUGAAAUCCAUGAAAAGCAAAACCCAAAGAAAGGGAAAAAACAAAAGAACAGCAGGCAGGGAAAACAAGCUCGUCUUUGCAAAAUGAAAGAAAAAUCCAGUCCAUGCGUAUGUGAGGCUGAGAAAAAGGUGGAUUUCCCAGAGCUGCUGGUUAAGGCCCAUCAAAAUGCUUAUGCCUAUCUAAACCCCAACCUUUCCAAAUAUGAGGUUAUCUUGUGCAUGGCCAACCAGGCCACAGAAACGCAGCUCAUCAUGCAACAAAUGGUGAGCUUCUUACUUCUUCGUUUUGAUGAAAUAAACCACCUUUUGGAAGAAAUUGCCCAAGAUGGAGAAGACCUAGUCAAAGAAGUGGGAGGGAACCUGGCUUGGCCAGCUGGCAAAGGGAACCCAAACGAGCAGCCGGAUCUCUUACAACAGUUGCUACAGUACACAGUCAACAAAAUGCAGGCGUUAAAUGGAACUGUGGCCUCCUUAACGUCUGAUGCGCUCCAGGAGUCUUGCAGCUUUUUACAGUCUGCUGGUAGCAACUUAGAAGAAAAACUGAAAGCAAAGCAAGGUUUUGAUGAACGCUUGCUCAGGAUGAUCAAACUCCUUGAAGCAUCUGCAGUCAGGCCUUCUCAUCCUCACCCUGAUGACAUGACUCUUUAUUCUGAAGACAGUGGAAUAGGUAUUGACACUGAAUCAGUCAAAGACUUGAAUUUAAUUGAUAAGCAGGGAAUACAAGGAAAUGUUGAUUCCUGUUCACAUGCUCAUUCAUCCCUAAAUCAGACCAGGGUAUCAGGAGAAAACCAUUGGCCAUGCACCUCAGUGUUUGCUACAUCCAGGUCCCAUGACUGUGCACUGGAAAGACAAUUUAAAGAUAUAUUUUACCCACCUGCACACACCAAGGAUGUAAUGUCAUCUUCACAGGUAGUACCAGAAGAUGUAACCAACCUUCUCCAUCAUCAAAACAUCAUCAAAACUCCUUUUCUUAACUCUGUGCACAGUGAUGUUGCUCAUGAGGGUGAUUGCUUCAAAGACUGUGAAUCGCCCCAUGCUUCUUCCACAUAUGAAGACAGUGAUGAUGACAAUAGCUUGUCUGAGGAAGAAGGUGACAAUAUAAGUCUGUCUGAGAAAGGAAACGAUGCUUUACCUAAAAGACCUACAUCUCUACCUGAAGCAACAGACGGUAAGCAGAGGCCUUCCACCAAACGGAUAGACAGCCCAGAGAAUGAGGAGAUUAUACUGAAGAUGAAAGAUGCCAUUAGCGAAAAGAUAAAAUUUGUCCCCACUAAAUCUGGAAAGAGGGAAUGGAUGGAAGAGGAAAAUGGAAAAGGAUCACGAAGACCUAGUACAGCAACUGGAAGCCAGAAGACUCAAGUUAAACAGAAAAGAUCUAGGUCUGAGGAGUCUCUCAAAAGUCAGAACGAGGACCCAACUCUUCUAGAACUUCAAAGAACUCAAAAAGGACUCAACAAAAGACUGGAAAUGUUUUACACACUUAAUGGAAAUAAGGAAACAAAUGAUAAGUUGGUAUUCCUGAAUCUCAAAGAACCAUCUAACUUGCAAGAUUGUGAGCAUGUCACUCAUAGAUAUUCAACUAAUAAACUGAAAGCAUCUCUUGCUAAGAACUUCAACAUAUUGCCUAAUCAAGAUAAAGCCCCUUUGUUUAAUCAUGAUCAAAAUGCUAUCAGCCAACAACCUAAUGAAAGGAAAUGUAAAAAGGCUGUCACAACCACCCCAUCCUCAAAGGACCUGACAUCUAGGAAAGAAAAUGAACCUCCCAGGACCCAGAAACUGAACAGUGUUGGUUGUGUGCCACCUCGUAAAUCUGUAAAAAAGUUAAUUGAAACCUUCAGCCCUCCAGAAAGUGUUCUGAAACCUACAAGUUUAAGAACUCUGGGGCCAAUAAAAUGUAUCCGAAAGUUUGGACUUCCAAGCAUUACUCCCAGUCUUCCCUUUCCUAGAGGUCUUGUACCUUUAAAUCACAAACAUAGAGUUUCACCAUUAGGAGACAUAAAUUGCCGAAACAUCAACCCAGCUAAGUCUACUUUUGGUGCCAUUGGUUCACCAGUCCUUGCAAGUGGAAGUGACACAAAUGAGGAGACGGAUGAUGAUGACUUGGAAAACCUGCCCCCACCACCUCCUGAAAUGUUAAUGGACAUCUCACUUGAUUCAACUACAUCUUCAGAAGGUGUGAGAAUAGAAGAAAACUAUUCAGAAGUUGCCAAAAAUACUGCCAAGAGAAAUGAAAAUGGCAACACUAAGAAAAUUUCUCAUCGAAUGAAAGCUUCCCUCUGUUCUAUUAACUUGUUACCAAGUAAAAACCUCAACACUCCCAACCUGAUUGCCAACAAAGCAUCAAAAACUGAUGGAAUGAACUCCACCUCUAGAAAUUAUCCUCUGGAGUUGUCUGCCUAUCACCAAGGAAAUCCAUUAGCAUCCCAAAGGGACCGUGGAACAGAAGAAACUGAAGAUCUGUAUAAGCAGUCCCAUAAAAUAAUACCUCUUCAAAAUCCUAAAGAAACGUCAGAAGAGAAUGAAAAUGAUCCAGGAAAUAAAGAAUGUGUUACACCUCCUGCUUUAGCUCAAAAGCGAUACUCGCCCGAUUCACUCCAGAAAAAUGAGAAAACAACGGGUUGUGUCAGGCGAGUGUCCAUAGCGAGAACAUCACCUUCAUCGCCUCCCCGUGAGAAACGGCUCCCAAGCUCACCACUGCAUCACAGACAUAUCAAUCAAGCUUCUCUCCCCAGUACCCACUGGCAGCCCAGUCCCCCAGCUAACGCCAGGGCACCAAGCCCUCCAACACAACGGAAACUGUCUUCCCCACCAACUCAACAAAACCUAUCUAGCCCACCAAUGACACGCAAACAACAGAGCCCACCAACUCGCCGUAAGGUGUCCAGCCCACCAACCCACCGCAAAGAGGCAAACCCAUCUGCUCCCUCGAUGACCCCAUCCCCACCCACAUCCCCCUCCCGGUUGCACAAAGGAUUACAAAAACUGUUGGACUCUGGAGAUGAGCAGCAACCUGGCUCCCUAAAGAUCAUCAGCAAUGCACGCUCCAUAUUUUGUCCGGCCACAUCCUCUUUAUUUGAAGCCAAGCCGAUGUUGCCUCCAAACAGCUCCACAACAGAGGCUGUUGUGGGACAACCUGAAGUUUCGGCAUUUGCACGGAGAAACAGCACACAGCUCAAGCAAUAUGGGGACCAACAGAGAAGGAUGGCCUUCAGUGCUACCAACCCCCAGCCUUUUGUAAGGAGGAGCUUCUCUGACCGCAGGCCGGGAUUCCCACUUCCACUACCAUUGUUUUCUGCAGCUGGCAGUGAGCCUGUGCUUAGCCAAACAAGCAUGGAAGAUAGCCCUCGGAAGGAGGGUGACUGUUGGAACAGCCCUUGUUUUGCUGAGGGCAAAGGAGCAGGCAAGUCAUUUUCUCACCCUGAACUCUACAUUGUUGGUCAAGGACUCCAUAAGGACUGAGUGAAGAUGGUAAGGAUGAGAGAUGGAAGCUAUGAGCCAGGACUGAGAAUCUAUUAUGGUUUGGCUUUUCUACCCAUGCAAUGCAAGAAUGGACACUGGGUAG